AUGAGAGUGCGGGAGCUGGGGGUGUGCUACGACGAUAUUGAUACGAUUGGGAUAUCACGACUGCCCAGAGAUGGAGCUACUAUCCAUCCUGCUUUUUGGACGCGUGAGGAAGCGGGAGACGAAAAAUCCUCCUCGAACAGUCGGAAAGCACUUCUAAAGGAAUGGCUACAAGAUUGCGAAAAGAAUCAUAAGAUUUGUCGGCCAGCCGCGAAACGAUACCCAACGCGCAUACUCUGCAUAGAAGUUGAACAGCCGCUACGUCUCGUGUCAGGAGACCAAAUUCUGUUGGGAGAUGGCUCAGUCCGUUAUGCGACCUUGAGCCAUUCCUGGGGAAAUCACGUACCUUUGAAGACCACAAGAGCAACAAAGUCCAGCUUUGAGAAAUCAAUCCCCGAAAAUCUACUACCACAAACUUUCAAAGACGCCGUCUCAACAGCAAGGGCCCUCGGCAUCCACUAUCUCUGGAUUGACUCGCUAUGCAUUGUGCAGGAUGACCCAGACGAUUGGCAAGCAGAAGCCCUCGAAAUGCAGAAUAUUUACUCCGGUAGCACAAUUAAUAUUGCAGCUAGCGACGCUGUAGAUAGCAAUGGUGGAUGUUUUGGGCCUGGGGGUAAUGUAACCGUUCCCAAGAAUGGUGACUCGACAAACGUUGGCCACAGCACCGAAGCCCAGAAUAUCAAGAGGGGGGCCAGAGAGCGACGAUUCAUUCACUUCGAACACGGAAAUGAACCCGGAAGCACUAUGAUAAGGUUUCACAUCGAAACAGCGCGACAGAUACAAAGCCGAAAACACCUAAGCACCCGCGGCUGGGUCCUGCAAGAGGAGAUUCUUUCACACAGAAUUAUACACUGUUCCAGAUCUGAAAUCUACUGGCAGUGCAAAUGUUCCUACAAAACCCAAUCUGGUCAGACUCUAGAUCCGUUGGAGGUGUUCCGUGAGCCUGGGGACUUUCAUGUCGAUCCUGCAAGGCGGGAGGAGAGAAUGUGGUAUGAGUGGAUUGAGGACUACUCCUCACGAAAUUUCACCUUCCCAAGUGACAGGAUCCCAGCCAUGAGCGGAAUACUGAAUCACUACCACAAACUUUCAGGUCAGACGCCUGUCUUGGGGCUGUGGAAAGAGUCUUUUGCCGAGGGUCUACUCUGGGUUCGACUGGGGACAUUAACAGCUCCAUGUGCUCUUGAUAUUCCAUCGUGGACUUGGUUGUCUUGUAAUACAUCUGUGAUCUUUGAUCACUUGCAGAGAUCAUUGCCAAAAGAUAGCAAGACUAUUCAAGAUCACAUUGUGCUCCGCAAGUGCGAUAUCACUUGGAGUGGCUUGCCUAACGUGUCCAACGUCAAGUCCUCGGAACUGAUUAUCCAGGGUCCUAUCACCGACAUUUGUCUUAGGGUUGCACCCGAUGUCUUCUCCAGCUUUUCUGCUUUUGAAAUACAAGGAGACGAUUUAGACAACUCACCACCACAACCUGGAUCCUGUUCUGGACAGUUUGAUGACCCGGCUGUGGCACCAGAGGCAUUUACUGCUUAUCCUUGUGUCCUGGUUCGGUCAGUUGUUGAGCCGGGGAGUACAUUCUAUACAGCGACGUAUCUUAUCUUACAACCUGUAAUGGGUUCAUCCGACGACGCUACAAGGGAACUUCCGCGAUACCGUCGCAUCGGUAUUGGUUACUUUAGCGGAAAGAAUCAUCGGUUCUCCUCAGCUGAAAAGCUUGAAUUUAUGCUCUGCUAA